AUGGCAGAUAAAAAAUCGAUUGAAGAACUUUUGAAACUUCUAACCGUGAGUGGGGAAGAAAAACCUGAACAACCUCAGAAAACAGAGCUGCAUAAGUUUUGGCUGACACAACCAACUGUUAAAUACGAAGAAGCUCUGAAAAUAGCAAACGAGGGUCCAAUUGAUAAAGUUAAGACUCCAGAUCAAGUUCUGGAUAAACCACUACCUUUAAUAGAUCAAUUUGAAUGGUGUACGGUUGAUGUGGAAAAUGAUGAAGAAUUAGAUGAGUUAUAUAAAUUAUUAUACAACAACUAUGUUGAAGAUACUGAUGCAACUUUCAGAUUCAAAUAUAGUCAUGAAUUUUUCAAAUGGGCUUUGAAACCGCCAGGAUGGAGAAAAGAUUGGCAUACCGGUGUUAGAGUAAAAGAUACAGGUAAGUUAGUUGCAUUUAUAGCUGCUACUCCAGUCACUAUAAAAUUGAACAAAUCCAAAACUAUCAUAGAUUGUGUUGAAAUCAAUUUUUUAUGUAUUCACAAAAAAUUAAGGAAUAAAAGAUUGGCUCCUGUAAUGAUUAAAGAAAUUACAAGAAGAGUUAAUAAACAAAAUAUUUGGCAAGCUCUAUAUACUGGAGGCUCAAUUUUACCAACUCCUUUAGCUACUUGUCGUUAUCAACAUCGUCCUUUGAAUUGGUCAAAACUACACGAUGUAGGAUUCAGUCAUUUACCUGCAAAUCAAACAAAAUCAAGUAUGUUAGCACAUUACGCCUUGCCAAACGAGCCAAAAUUGAAAGGAUUAAGAAGAAUGGAAGAAAAGGAUGUAAGUGAAGUGUUAGAAUUGUUGCAUAAAUAUCAAGAAAGAUUUGACAUUGUACAAUUGUUCAAAGAAGACGAGUUCAAACAUUGGAUGUUGGGUGCUAAUGGUGAAUCAAAUGUUAUUAAAACCUAUGUUGUAGAAGAUUCAAAUGGAAAAAUCACCGAUUUUUAUUCAUACUACUUAUUACCAUUCACCGUCUUAGAAAAUACACAUCAUGAUGAGUUAGGAAUUGCUUAUUUAUUUUACUAUGCGACUGAUGCUGAGGAAAACUAUAAAACUAGAUUGAACGACUUGAUAACAGAUGCAUUGAUUACUUCCAAAAAAUUCAAUGUUGAUGUCUUCAAUUGUUUGACUUGUCAAGACAAUUCCUUUUUCUUGAAGGACUGUAAAUUUGGCAGUGGAGAUGGUUACUUGAAUUACUAUCUUUUCAACUAUAAAACUUUCCCAAUGAAUGGAGGUAUUGAUAAAGAAACGAAACAAGUAAUUGACGAUACCACCAGUGGAGUAGGCGUGGUACUAUUAUAG